CGUUUACGUGACGCAAAUUUCAUUGGUAAUUUCCGAAGCCCCACCUUUUGUGUUUCCCGCACCGUCAAUCAAAAAUAAGAAAAAAAAUCGACCCGAAUCUCCGAUCACAGCCCGCCUUUGAUUAAAACAAUCAUGUUGGGAGUUUAAAUGAACAGAUAAACCUCCGAUUUUUUACCUUUUCACGCUAUGACUGCCCCAGAACAGCCAGCGAAACAGCAGGAAAUGGCUGCCUUGGACGUGGACAGCAGUCAGAGCGACUUUUUGCAGCCGGCCAGCGGCGCCCUGGACCAGCAGACCACAGACCUCACAGCCAUCCAGUUGACGGGCUCCUCUGAUCGCUGGGAGGUUCUAACAUCUGUGAGCUCAGUGAAAGACGAGCCAUCAGUAGUGCAGGUACCCAGCGGAGGACUUCUGGGCAGCAACGGGCAAUAUGUGGUGCCACUACAGACUAUGGCAGGGCAGACCCAGUCUGUUUUCGUGACUGCAGGGGUAGAUGGCACCGGGGCCAAUGGGGUGCAGUACCAGAUCAUCCCUCAGCUGCAGGGAACGGAUGGUGCGUCACUAAGCUAUGCAGCACCCACUGCAGACGUAAGCACAAUGGGUACUGACAUUGCUAUCCUUCAGGAUGGAACGCAGGGCAUUGCCACAGCCACCAAUGCUAAUGAUCUCCAGGGCUUGCUGAGUCAAAGUGGGCAUGUGCAGCAGAUUCCCACAGUCUCACUGGCCGGCUCAGGGUUUGGCGCACAGGGCCAGGUUGUCGCUAAUGUACCGGUGGGGCUGCCGGGCAACAUCACAUUAGUGCCGAUAAACAGCUUGAGUAACAUGGAUCUCGAGUCUCUGGGGUUGGCUGGUGCUCAGACCAUAGCGACAAGCAUUACAGCAGAUGGCCAGCUCAUCAUGACCGGUCCCACCACCUCAACAAGCGAUAGCCAGGUUGAAAGCAAAUGCACAGAGCCACUUAACACCAACAACGCUAAUGCCUUUGUGCCAACCACCACCUCUUCCACAAUGACGUCGCUUCCUGAGACGAUAGACGGGACUGGCGUUCUCACCCAAGCCACUGCUGUAUCAGCCGGGCAGCAGGAUCCAUCUUACUUCCAGCAGAACCACACGGCUGGCGGUGAACCGGUGGUGCAGCUCAUACCAGCGCAGACGGCAGAUGGAGCGGCGCAAACACUACAAAGCGUGCAGCUGUUAAAUGCUGGUACAUUUCUGAUCCAAGCUCAAACCGUCUCUCCCACAGGCCAGAUCCAGUGGCAGACCUUCCAAGUUCAAGGGGUUCAGAACCUGCAGAAUCUGCAGCUGCCGGCUGCUGGGGGUGUCUCAUCCCCCCAAAUUACCCUUGCCCCUGUGCAGACCCUUUCUCUUGGGCAAACUGGCACCACAGGCACGGUGGGACAGAUCCCAAACCUUCAGACAGUCACAGUCAAUUCUGUUGGUCAGUACCAGCAAGAUGAAAACACGGAAUGCCACACAGAUAUUCAAAUUAAAGAAGAGCCAGAGUCCGAUGAUUGGCCAAAUUCCACCCUGAACACCAAUGAUUUGUCACAUUUCCGUGUUCGGUUGGUUGAGGAGGAUAAGGAGGGGACAGGCCUAGAGGGAAAGAGACUACGUAGAGUAGCCUGUACUUGCCCCAAUUGCAAAGAGGCUGGAGGAAGAGGUUCAAGUAUGGGAAAGAAGAAACAACACAUUUGUCAUAUCCCAGGGUGCGGUAAGGUGUACGGUAAGACGUCUCACCUUCGAGCUCACCUGCGCUGGCAUUCUGGAGAGAGACCCUUCGUUUGCUCAUGGAGUUACUGUGGCAAGAAAUUCACCCGCAGCGAUGAACUCCAGCGUCACCGCAGAACACACACAGGAGAGAAGAAGUUUGUGUGUCCAGAGUGCUCGAAACGUUUCAUGCGCAGCGACCAUUUGGCGAAACACAUUAAAACUCACCAGAACAAAAAAGGGCUAAACUCCAACACAGGGGCAGGUCAGACAGAUGCUGCCGCCCCCUCGGACACCAUCAUCACGGGGGGUGGAGCCACUUUCAUCCUCACCAAUCUGCAACACAAAUACUGA